GACCGUAUGUAUAUUCUGCAGAUUUCCUUAAAUCAACGAUAGAAAUAAACAAAAAGGUAAAAGGAUUAUGACUGAAUCUAAGCUAAAUAGGACAUUUGUUGUUUUAAUCAUAUACAUUGUGGUGAUUUCAAUGUUGGCUUUUAAUAUCUCAAGCAUUCCACAAUUGCAAAUUCAUACUCAGCCUAAUAUGGCAAACAAGCAUGUAAACCGGACAGAUUACCAUGAAGCAAGCAAACAAGCUCAUGUUUGUGGUCCAAUAUCUAAUGUUUUAACGGAAAGUAUAAAACCAGAUCCUAAUAUCAGAGAAACUACAUGCAAUUGCUGUUUCCAACAUAAUUAUGAUUAUUUGAUUAAUAAUAGAAACAUUUGCAAAACGUCUGGAUCUGAUCAGAAUAUUGAUCUAUUUAUGAUGAUUUUCACGGAGCAUGUUAAUUUUGAAAAGAGGCAAGCCAUUCGACAAACAUGGUUGACUAUUGCUAAUGGUAACACGGCUAGCGUGCGGUAUGUGUUUUUACUGGGAAAAGUGAAUGAUGAUCUACUUACUAAAAAUGUUACUGAAGAAAAUAUGCUUUACAAAGAUAUUUUGAAGGAGGACUUCAUUGACACGUACAAAAAUCAGACACUUAAAACAAUUAUGGGAUUUAAAUGGAUAGCAAAUUAUUGCCGCACAGCUAAAUAUGUCAUGAAAAGCGAUGACGAUACUUUUAUAAAUGUGCCGAACAUAUUGAAUUAUAUAAAAAAUUCUGGCAAGGGUCUUCAGACACAGCUAGUCGGUUCAUGUGGAAACGAUGGACCAAUUAGAGAAUUAGAUUCUAAAUGGUAUGCAUCUAAACAGGAGUAUAAAGAAAGUUCAUACCCGUGGCAUUGCUCAGGAACUGGGUAUUUUACAAGUUUUAAAAUAGUUGAAAAAAUAUAUAAAGUAUCGCCAUAUGUACCGUUCUUCUGGAUAGAAGACAUUUACGUUUCCCUAUGUUUUAGAAAAAUUGGGGGAACGGUAAAAAAUGUAAAAGGAUUUUACCGUAGCAGACAAACGUUAGAUCCAUGUUUAUAUAAGAAGGAUAAAUUAUUCACGUCACAUAAAGUUACACCUGAAAUGUUUAGACAGGUUUGGAAUGCUAAAUGCAAAACUGCUAAAUGUAAAUAAAAGUGUAAAUACCGGAUGUGUAGUGUACAGAUGAUAUCUGAGGCACAGUUAAAACUAUUCCAAAAUGACUUGCUUGUUUUGUAGAGUAUAAAAUGUUUGACACGUGGAGAAGAAAGAUCAGGCACGGACGGGCACAAUAGUAGAUCCACUUAUCCUUCUAUUUGAAGCGAAGCUUUCCCGUGAGAAAAAUAUCUACAUAACAAACGGGGUCUUGAACACACAGUAGUUUGGUGCAUGCGAUUCAAAAUACAAGAUCUUAACCACUCGUCGAUAGCGAUCCACAUUCAAGUAAGGGUACACUAUACAGUAACAGCAAUGUUUAGAGCAUGUAGAAAUCACAAAAGCAAUAAAACAUGGCAAUAGAUAUCAACAAUGCUCUUGAGAGCAAUGAUGGCUGCAGUACGAGGGCUGUCUCGGGAAAUUAUGUCUCUGGCAAUUCUCCUUUAAUCCCAUGUUUGGAUAGCCAAAAGCGUUUUGUUAAUAUUCUUGCAACAUUGACCCACUAGUGUUUCCUGUACAUAUGAAGUAAUGUACAUGUAUUUGGUUUGUCGCUUAAAAUCAUUACUAUACUUUGCCUUAGGAACACUGCAACUUCAUAACUUGAAAAAAUACAUAAAUAUGUUUAUACCAAAUAAAUGCCAGUGUGUUGAUAAAAAAA